AUGAAACUGAAGCGACUCGCCAGGGGGUUGAGGCUGAACCACGUCGAGGCCACUGCUCUCAUUGCUACAGUCGUGCUGGAGUUCAUUCGCGAUGGAAAGACUUGCGCUGAGCUGAUGGACCUUGGAAGGAAGCUGCUCGGAAAGAGGCAGGUGCUUGAGGGAGUAGAAGCUCUCUGCCAUGAGGUGCAGGUGGAAGGGACCUUCCCCGAUGGGACCAAACUUGUGACCGUACAUUCCCCCAUCACCCUCGAGGAUGGUGACCUUGACCUCGCUCUCUAUGGCUCCUUCCUCCCGAAGCCCUCCCUCUCGGCGUUCGAUGCCCCGGGGUCUCUGAUCCUCAACAAAGAUCGCGAGAGCGUCAGUAUCACCGUCACCAACCUUGCAGACAGGCCGAUCCAAGUUGGAAGUCACUAUCACUUUGUCGAGGCGAACUCAAGACUGGAGUUUGACAGAGGUCUUGCUUACGGCAAGAGGCUGAACAUCACUGCUGGAACGGCUGUAAGGUUCGAGCCGGGAGAGAGUAAGGUUGUCUCCCUCGUUGCUAUCGGAGGAAACAAGGUGAUCCGAGGAGGCAACAACAUUGUCGACGGGCCGUACUCUCCCUCCAACGUUGAGGAGAUCGUCAAGAGAUGCGCGGAGAAGGGCUUCAAGCACAAGCCGCAAGAUGUCACCCAUACGCAGAAGAAGGCGAAGACGGAGGUCACCAUUGACCGCAAGCACUAUGCAGACAUCUUUGGCCCAACCACAGGAGACAAGGUGCACCUCGGAGACACUGGGCUUGUCAUCGAAGUCGAAAAAGACUAUACAGUGUACGGCGACGAGUGCAAGUUUGGAGGUGGAAAGGUCGUCGACUACACGGGUAUCUACAAGUGCGACAUCGGCAUCAAGGAUGGAAAGAUCGCAGGGAUCGGCAAGGCUGGCAACCCUGACGGUGUCACCCCGGGAAUGACUGUUGGUCCCGGCACCGAAGCCAUUGCUGGGGAGGGAUCUAUCGUGACUGCAGGUGUUACAACCCUCUACGGCGGAGGAUCAGGACCAGCAACGGGAACGAACGCGACGACAUGCACGGACGGAUCGUUCUACACCAAGAUGAUGCUCCAGGCCACGGACAACAUCCCUCUCAACUUCGGGUUCUCCGGCAAAGGAAACGCGUCGAAGCCUGAAGGGCUACGAGAGAUGAUCGAGGCUGGAUGUGCUGGUUUGAAACUGCACGAGGACUGGGGAACGACGCCAGCUGCUAUCGAUUCCUGCUUGUCAAUCGCAGAGGAAUACGAUAUCCAAGUGACCAUCCACACGGACACUCUGAACGAGAGUUGCUGCGUUGAAGACACGAUUGCUGCCUUCAAGGGCAGAACCAUCCACACGUAUCACAGCGAAGGAGCAGGAGGCGGGCAUGCUCCCGACAUCAUCAAAGUUUGUUCGCAGGCAAACGUCAUCGCUUCCUCCACCAACCCUACGAAGCCUUUCACGAUCAACACGAUCGACGAGCAUGUUGACAUGCUCAUGGUCUGUCAUCAUCUUGACAAGAACAUCUCCGAGGACGUGGCCUUCGCUGAGUCCAGGAUCCGAGACAAGACCAUUCAAGCCGAGGACAUUCUUCAUGACAUGGGAGCGAUCUGCAUCAUGUCCAGUGACUCUCAAGCCAUGGGAAGAAUCGGAGAGGUCAUUGCAAGGACGUGGCAGACUGCUGCAAAGAUGAAGCAGCAGCGCGGGACUCUUCCUGAAGACAAGGAGUCAGACAACCUCCGCGUCAAGCGCUACAUCGCCAAGUACACCAUCAACCCUGCCAUUGCCCACGGAUUCUCCCAAGUGAUCGGAUCCAUCGAGGUUGGCAAGAUGGCAGACCUUGUCAUCUGGAAACCUGAGUUCUUCGGAGCCAAACCUGAGAUGAUGGGCGACCCCAACGCCUCCAUCCCCACUCCCCAGCCUGUCAUGAUGCGCCCGAUGUUCGGCUCCUUCGGCCCUAAGGCGAUCGGGCAGAGCUGCGUCACGUUCGUGUCGCAAGUGUCUCUCAGCAAGGGCAUCGUCGCCUCCUACGGCCUGCAGAAGAGGGCAGUUGCAGUGACUGGGACCAGGACCGUCGGAAAGAAAGAUAUGAAGUACAACGACGCAACUCCGAGCAUCAACGUCAACUCGGAGACGUAUGUCGUGACGGCGGAUGGCGUGGAGCUCAGCUGUGCUCCUGCCGAUCGGCUUCCUCUUGCUCAAAGAUACUUUUUGUUCUAA